AAAAAAUAAAGAGAUAGGAGGAAAAUAGAAGUAGCGGGUAGCGAGAUGUGGCAACAAACACAAGAUGGCUUUUCUGUGCCCAGUAAGGAUUCGACGGAACAAGAAAAAGAAAGGGUCUGGUGGCUAUGUGUCGGAGGGGGAGGAGAAGGUGGUGAGGGCGCCGGGCUUGGGACGCAUCACAGGUUCAGCCUCCAUAGAAACACUGGUGAGGGUCGGACUGGAGAAGGAAGCUGGGUUAUCGCCGGACAGCAAAAUGGUGGUGCUUCAUGACUUCACUCCCUGUGUCGAUGAUGAGCUGGAGGUGAAGAGAGGAAGUGUUGUCAAUGUGCUGUACCAGGAGAACGAUUGGGUGUAUGUGAUAGCAGAACAUGGCCAGCAAGAAGGCUUCAUUCCACACUCCUAUUGUGCUCCCUAUGGCUCACAGCUUGGAGAACUUACCAUCAACCAUAAAAAAAAGAUGCCACGUGACCACAGCUCGUUAGAAGGUGGUGGUGGCCUUGACACUGACCACAACACCACCAUUGGCACUGUGAACUCUGGUGGCACUGACAACCCGGGUCUGGUCGGCUCGGAUUCAGAGAGUUACGGGGGCAAGGUGAUCGGUGGACCGCCUAACAGAACAUCCGACUCAUCCAUCCAGAGCGGAUCAGCCACGCCAGACAUACAUCCGUUCUUUAAGGAUCCCGCUGGUCGUUAUAUCGUACUGUACACAUUCAUCGCACGAGACGAGAAUGACGUGAGUGUGGAGCGCGGGGAGUUUGUGACAGUGCUGAACAGAGACGACCCUGAUUGGUACUGGGUGCUAAGGUCAGACGGACAGGAGGGCUUUGUACCAUCUGGCUUUGUGUACCCUGCUGAUGUCAUACAAGACCACCUGGAGGGAAGCGGCGGCGGUGGCGGUGGUGGGGGCGGGGGUGUCAUGGUGCACGGGGGCCUCGGGUCAGCUGGCUAUGGACCGGGUCAGCACCACCUGGGACCCGGCAACAGUGAUGACCUUCGCUUCCACGGCUCUGAACUAGUCAUGCUUUACGACUACAAGGCACAGGCACCAGAUGACCUGUCAGUGCGGCGAGGGGACUGGAUCUACGCUGACCUCAAUAACCAGACAGUGGACGGAUGGUUGUGGGCAUAUGCUCCUAAGACAAGGAAGUAUGGGUUUAUUCCUCGAGCAUAUGCAAGACCCCCUGCCAUGACGUCACUAUAGAAGGGAUGGCACUGUGUAUAUAUUGUGCGUGUGUUUGUUUGUGUGUGUUUGUUUUCACGAUAGAGUGAUUGAGGUGUCUUAAGUAUUUUGUUUUUUUUUUUUUUUUUAUAGAGCUUUGUUUGUGUGUUUUGUUUUGUUUUAAUUUUGUUUUUCUUUCACUGUUUAUAUUUAUGUUUUGUUUUCUAUCUCUCUUAUGGCUUUGA